AUGAGUCGAGUUAUAAGAUGUCACUUGUUUCCGGAAUUUGGACCGACCUUUCUCCCUUCAUUAGACACGAUUAACUAGUUUCAUAUGUAGCUUAGCCAGGUUGAAGGUAAAAACUCCAGCUAAUUGUAUUGCACUAUGACUAAAGAAUUGCUUAAUGGAGAUCAUUCUUUUGUUGACGAUCCUAGAAACGAAACCAUCAAAAUUGGCAUUCGUGACGGUGUAAAUCUCAAGUUUGAACUCUUCGCACGAAACGAAGCAAAAGUUUCUGUGUUUGACUCUUCUUUUCUUGUGGGUGAUGGGAUCUGGGAAGGAUUAAGAGUCAUAAGGGGUAAUGUGCAAUAUGCAUAUGAGCAUUUUGAAAGGCUGUUUCAAACUGCAUACGCAUUAUGGAUUGAUUUAGGGAUAACCAAAAAAGAGUUGUUAAAACUUAUUUAUGAAACCAUUGACGCCAAUCCGGGAAUGAAUGAAAGUGAAGACGUUCACGUACGUUUAAUUUGUACCAGAGGUUUGAAGAGCACUCCUUAUCAAUCCAGAAAGGUCAACAUCGGCAAGUCUCUCAUUACCAUCAUACCGGAAUAUAAGAAGGUCACUACGGAAUCUUAUGAGAAAGGUAUCAAAUUGAUUACAUCUUGGGUUAGAAGAGGCUCUCCCGACACUAAGGAUGAGAUGUGGAAUCACCUUUCUAAAGCUACAGAUAUAAUGGCAUGUUUAUCAGCAGAAAGUGCUGGAGCAGACGGUGCAUUGAUGCUAGAUCAUCAUGGUUUUGUGAAAACCUGCAAUGCCACCAACUUCUUUAUUAUUCGGAAAGGUGAAUUAUGGGCACCUACCAAGGAUAAUCAGAUGCAUGGCAUUACAAGACAAAAAGUGCUUGAUAUUAGUAGAGAAAACGGCAUUGUGGUCAAAGAAAUGAAUUUCACUAUGACAGAUGUUUACACGGCUGAUGAAGCAUUCUGUACCGGUACUUUUGCAUCCCAAGUUCCCGUAAAGCAGGUUGAUGGUUUGAUAAUCGGAACUGGAGCUAUGGGACCAUUAACUAAAAAAAUCAGCAAAUGGUAUAAGGAAGACGUCAUGCAUGACACCAAAAACUCUCGAGAAGCUACAUUGAAAAAACUCGAUACUUGAUAAGGAACGCAACCCUUGGUAUCAACUAAAAAAUGUAGAACAUGUUUGGAAAAUUUUAGUGUCAUUGUGACUCAAAAAAGCAAAGGAGGCAUGUCACGAAUUCUGAGGUGCUGGAAAAUAUGAAGUUCUUGAAACCGAUUUCAACCGGAUUUAGAUUCUCUGUGUAUAUAAAUAUCACUGAAAAAAAAGUAGCUGAGU